AUGAAGGACGUCAAGUCGCUCCUGAAUCGCAAAGAUGGGGACGAUGAAAGAUUGGGGUAUGGCGAGGAAUCGAUGACGCAGCUGUGGGAUAAGGCUUUUGCAAAGGCAAAGGGAGAUUUGAAAUUCGACCCAGCCGAAGAAGCGCAGCUAGCCGACUUCCACUCAACAAGCGACCCUCUCGCUCAAACAGAGGCCCUUUUCCGCGAUUGGAGACACCCCCAAGCUCACGAGUUUGGAAACAAAUUACGCGAGCCAGUGCAACAGUGUAUGUCCUGGGCACAGAAAGCGUGCACUUAUGUCGAAGGCCACGCAAGCGGGACUUAUGCCGAACCAGCCAAGCUGCUCGCUGGGGGCAUAUCGUAUUUGCUCAAGGCUGCCCAGGAUGUGAGCGCAGACCUGAACACUGUUCAGACAACGUUUCAGACAAUCACUGCUGCAAUGCAAGAAAUCGAUACUUUCGACAAAUAUCCCGUCGUCACGCCAACUGCCAAGCAAAGCCUAGUGGGUGUUUUCAUCGCCUUGUUGCAGUUUUGCUCCUAUGUAGGGCACGAUCUGCGAAGCCAAAAACGUAUCACACUUUUCGCAAAAAAGCUCUUCAAUUACCAAACCGACUUGACCACCGGUAAAUGCGAAAAGGUUGAACAAGCGAUCAAGAACUUCCACAAGUCAAUAAAGAUCGAAGGAUACAAUGACACCAAAGAGAUCAAGGAUGGCGUUAAUUGGCUGAUCAAGAAUACCAAUACCAAGAUGCAGCAGACUGCCUUCUCGUUCGAUAUGCACAGCAUGUCUGAGAAGGGUAACGUGUUUGAUAAGCUGACCAAAACCCUCCAAAGCAAGCUCAAUCUCAACCUCACUGUGAUGUCUCAAAUGGCCACUCGCAUGGACUCAUUCAUGCCACAACUGAUUGAUAAUGGUCUGCUGUGGGUUGAAAAGCAUGAGUACUUUAGGAAGUGGCUGUACCCGCACGGCACCUGUCCUUUAUUAUACUUUAAAGGCGGUGAUGGCGUGGGAAAGACCUUCCUAACAGCACAUUGCUAUCAGCUGAUACCGUCAAUAGCCGGAAGAGAUCAAACUCUGGUUCAGAAAGAAACGGUGCGACAGCAACUAAUAGUCACUUACUUUCUGUUCGAGCCGGGCAUGCAGUAUAAUCAGAGCUUCGCCAGCGUUGUUGCCUCUAUUCUAUUCCAAAUUGCAGCCCAGGAUCCGAAGUGGUGUGACGCAAUAGCCAACAAACCUGUGUUGGAUUCGCGCGAUGCGAAAAUGGUCUGGGAUGAGCUCGUGCUGAAGCGGUUUGAGAAGCGAUCACAUUCGUCCGAACAGUUGUACAUCCUCCUGGACGGUGUUUCGGAGAUGCAGCCCAAAGAGCGAGAAUCACUUUUGGGUCUCUUAUAUGAGACGCUCGGGGAAAGGAACCAUCGUAUUUGGGUUCUCCUGACAGGGUCUCACGAUCAGGGAGAACUCUUUCCAUCCGACUUGGCGGAAAAAGCAUCCAUUCCUGAAAUCAGCAUGUGGAAUACUGACCCUCUUCAAGACAAGAUCAUUCUCCAACGCAUGAGUUCCUUUACCAAGCUCUCGCACCUUUUACGUUUUCAUCAGGACCUCAUCAAGGAGGUCUCGGACUUCAUAAAGCAAUUAUCAGAAGGAAACCUGUCUGUAUUGGACCAGACCAUUGAAAUCAUGGAACAGUAUGAAGUUAAAGGUCCGAAGAGCUUUGGCAGGUUCAAAGAGAUGAUAGGUGAUGGAGAAGACGCUUUAGUGAGGAGAGCUUUGGCAAAAGACAACGAGCCACUUGAGAACGCUGUCAAAAAGGUGCUAUUUUGGUGCGCAUUUGCGAAGCAGACUCUCACGGUGACCAACCUAAAUCAGAUACUUGCCCUUGACGAUGAUGCGCGGGUAAGGGGUCUGGGGCUGGAGCCCAUCUUGUCUCAGUGUAAGAAUCUCCUUUUCGUGCGGCAGAUGCUUCCUCCCGACCUGGGCCCCUCGAAAUUGGACCGCGAGCUAUAUUGGUGUUCCCGACCCGAGCACGAGACUGAGAACUCUAAUCAGAAAUCCCGCAAAGCCCCGUCUAUCGGCGAUUAUCAAUACAUCGAGUUCCGUAACGCAAAGGUCAGAGAAUGCGUCAAAAGGGCUCAAUUCCAGCCAGGUCUGGACAUAAAUACUGAGAAGGUUAACAUAUUUGUCACUCUUUGCGACGUUCUUUGCGAUCACAAAGCGGAUAAACCCACCCCUCUCUGUCAAUAUGCGGCCUGCCACCUCAUCCAGCAUCUAAAAGACAUUGACAGAGAAAUGGUUCCCCAAUGGCAGCGACCCAGUACCAAGGAUGCUAAGAAGGGCUUCAAAGAUAAGAUGUCACAUUACAGGGACACGAGGCCCGCAAAACCACAGGAGAUCGGGGGUAGGGAGCUGAAGAAGGUCGGAGAAGCUUUGGGCAGGGUUCUAACAAACGAAACUGGCGUUUCUUCUGUGUUCGAGGAUAUACUAUGGUACUCAUCUGACAAGCAAAUCCACUUCGAUAUCUAUGAUACCGACAAGGCCAGGAGCACCAAUGAACUUGUGCGGGCUUGGAUAGAAAAGCUGACAGAAAGAGACGAGAGGGAAAACUUAUCUCUUCCGACUCAGAUAUGGACCUGGGCCCAAGACUUGAAGAAGCGUCCCGAAGGAAUGCUGGAAGAUCUAGCUAAAGGCCAUAUUCGCAGCUGGGUUUCAAAGUCCACUCCUGAGGGCGCUAAGGUGCCAUACAGGCUUGCCUAUCGCGCGUUAUCCAAUACUGGACAAUACAAGCACUGGUCCCGAGAUGAUGAUCAGAUCAACACGAGGAUCGCUCAAGAUCUGUUUGCGUGGUGCAGAGACUCGCGCACACGGUUUGCGCAAGCGCGACUCACAGCCGCCCUUCUUUUGUAUGAGUCGGACAACCAGAAUGACCGAGAGUAUGCUCUUUCCUUGUAUAGGCAUAACCGGUACUUGGACGAUUCAAUGUGUGCAGAGAAGCUAUAUUCAUUGCUUGGACUUGCAGAACAUUCUGUGCCCAAAGCCGGAGUCAUCGCUAUGGAAGAGUGGAGCAAAGUCAAGGAGUACACUGAUGAAGCCCUCAAGUGCUGGAAAAAUACAGAUGCCGCAUUGCGACCUAAUUUCAAUCUUAACCGAUGCAAGAGGGUCUAUAUGCUUUCUGUCCAAGCCUGCAUGGCCCUCGGUGAUAAGCAGCUAGCCUACAAGAGAUGCACAGACGCGCUAAGCGGCGACUUCAAGAAAUGCCGAGGGCUUAAUUAUUUCUUGACUAUUCUUGUGCAGAUUUAUGCGGAGAAGGAAGAUCAUAUGGAGAUCAUCAAUACGGUAGAAAGGCAGAUGGUUACCCAGGAAGCCAACUUCAUUCCCACUUGGCUGAUGAGCCGCUCUCGCCAAACGAACAAGGAUGACUGGCUCCGCAGGGCAGCCGUGGCAACUGGCAACGUUGAAGUCGUUAUACGAAUUUACGACAGUGCCAUCAAUUAUUGGGCUUAUCAAGGGCUGUUCCAUGAGACAUGCGUUAUGCUAUCGGAACUUGCGGUCAUCUACCGACAAGAUUGCCAUGCAAUCAGGAUGGCCGAGGAUAUUUUUAACAGGAUACUGGACGCUAUGAUAAGAGACGAGACCCUUCAAGUCGACUCUAGACUGCUCAGCAUUAUUAUCACAGAGCGCUUCGACAUUUACUAUUAUCGGUUCAGCAAGACGAAGGUCCAAUCGUUGAGGAUGGCUCUGUGUUAUGCAGCGGCCGAUCUGAUCAACAAUGUCCGGAUAGCAGAUGUCAUAGAAUCAUCUGCCAAGGCUAAUGCUCUCAUAACGCUCGCCAAAAUGUUUUCAAUCAUAAACCAUAAACGUCGGGCGUACGAAAUAGCCGACCAAGCAUUCAAGCUCUGCAUUGCCGAUCUGGACGAUUGGGUUGAUGAUAACGACAUGUCUGCUUUCCGUACACUGGCAAAGGUGCUGAAUUGGCUUAAUCUCCGAAAGGAUGCCGGAAUUGCAGCGUCUCUUAUCUUUGAUCGUGCCAAUGCCGACGCGGUCCAGGUCAGUGACGAUGAAUUCCAACAUACCUUGUCGGCAUUUCUUUACGAUCGCGAUGCGCCAAAGCCUGCUGUCGAUGGAUGGAUGGGGUUGAAGGUGGACCCAAGCAGCACCGCCGCUACGCCAGCAGCCCAUCCUGGAGAGCCGUUAAGCCCACAGUCCGUCAAGAGCGCGUGCACUUGUCAUUGUUCCGUUGAUGGUACAAACGAGUCCCCAACAACGGCAGUGACGACCCCCGACAGUAUCCCCAUCCCGGACGAGACUAUCAACAUCGAUGAAAGCAAUGGCUGCACGCUGCAGUGCAUGGGGCCCUGCAAUAAACCGAAGUUAAGCAAAUGGAAUUUGGAGGAACCUCAGUGGUACAUGUGUCUUGACUGCCCGUCAACUGACUACUGCAAUGACUGCAACAAGAGCCGGGCUGGGUUGCGGAACUCGCGGGACAAGGGGCUCUGGUCUAAGGUGUGCUGGGGCAAUCACAGUUUUAUAGAACAACCCAUCAGAGGAUGGAAGGGUGUGAAGGACGGUGUGAUCCGGGUGGGAGAUAGUAGCCGGGGAGUGAGAGAUUGGCUCACGGAUGUGAGGGAAAGAGGCAACCAAGAGAUCAAAAACUAUCUGAACAAGAGAUGAUCUCCUCCUUUCCCUCACCACACACUCAUUCACACUUGCCCUCACUUAGUUUGUGAUUCCUUUUCUCUUCUCUUUUCUUACCCUCUCUUGCUUACAGACUCUCUUGGCAACGCCUUUCAUCUUGUUCUUCUUCCUAUUCCCUCUUGACCUUUUCCUACUCUUUCCUUACGAUUCCCUUUUUAUCUUUCUUUUACCUACUCUCACUCUUCUGUUUACAACGCACUACCCACUGAU